GUUCUCUUUGGCAGAGAAGAAUGUCCAAGUUUAACUGAAGCCAUUUCAGAGAUGGACGAGAUCUUGUAUGAAACCCUUGAUAAACUUUUCUCUAGGUCACAGAUUUCUCCAUCAGAAAUCGACAUACUUGUAGUAAAUGUCUCUCUCCUCUCCACAGUCCCAUCUCUAACAGCUAGAAUAGUGAAUCGUUACAAGAUGAAGACAGACAUUAAGGCCUUCAAUCUCUCUGGAAUGGGUUGUAGUGCAAGCAUUGUCGCCGUUGAUCUUGUGAACCAGUUGUUCAAAACCCAUAAAAAUGCAUUAGCCAUUGUUGUGAGCACAGAGUCCUUAGGUCCAAACUGGUACUGUGGAAAAGAAAGAUCAAUGAUGCUCUCCAACUGUCUCUUCCGAUCAGGUGGGUGUUCGAUGGUAUUAACGAACAAAAAAUCUCUCAAAGAUCAAGCAAUUUUGAAGUUGAAUUGUCUGGUUCGUACCAAUCUCGGAUCAAGCGAUGAAGCCUAUUCAUGUUGCAUGCAGAUCGAAGAUGAACUUGGAUACUGUGGUUUUCGUCUCACCAAAAGCCUCCCAAACUCAUCUGCUCAAGCUCUCAUAAAAAACCUGAGAGUUUUAGUACCCAAAGUGCUGCCAUUGAUUGAGCUCCUUCGCUACAGUUUAACCCGCUAUGGAAGCAGAAGAAAAAGCUCCUUGAAUCUUAAGGCUGGUGUUAAUCAUUUCUGUAUACACCCAGGUGGAAGAGCAGUCAUUGAUGGGGUAGGGAAGAGUUUAGGGCUCAAUGAGUAUGAUCUUGAACCAGCUAGAAUGGCGCUUCAUCGCUUUGGCAACACAUCUGCAGGUGGGCUCUGGUAUGUUUUAGGGUACAUGGAGGCUAAGAAGAGGUUGAAGAAGGGUGAUAGGAUCAUGAUGAUCAGUUUAGGUGCUGGUUUUAUGUGUAACAAUUGUGUUUGGGAGGUAGUGAGGGACUUGGAAGAUGGGAAUGUUUGGAAAGAUUGCAUAGACAGUUACCCUCCAAAAACCCUGGCGAACCCUUUCAUGGAGAAGUAUGGGUGGAUCCAUGACGAGAGUUUGAGCUUUGUUAGAUUUAAUUAGUACAGUAACGUUAUGUUGACUAAAUUUUGAGAUCAAAUUUAGAGUGUAAAUGACAUGACAGUUAUUUUGGACUUCUUUAUUUGGGUCCUAAUAAAGACUACAAAUAAUAUAAUAUAUUAUCAUGUCAUUUGAAUUUUAAAUUUGAUCUCAAAAUUUAGUGACCGUAGCAUCAACUAAUGUUUCCCCUUUUCAUUAAUAGUUUUUUCAUUUUGGCGUUCUCCUACAUUGACCGAAAGAAGAAGAUAUGAAUUUCAUUCUUGCGGUUAAGGUAAGUAGUUGAUCAGGGGCAGUCCAACCCAACUAGGGCCAUAGGUAAAAAUGUUAUGUAAGGCUCUAGUGAUAUUUAUUCAAUAAUAAUAUUAGUAUUAAAUA